GCACAAAAGUAGAAUUAAGACAUCCGGGAUAAAUGACUCAGCUGAGCUCAAUGAAGCCAAAACAUGUGCGUCCAGGCUUAAUUGGUUGCACAAAGACCAAGCCAGGAUGAGCAGACACGGAUUCAUUAAGCCAGGUGAAACCAAUCCUGGAUAGGUGCGCGCUCACGGCUCACUCAAAUAGACCCCGCCACAGAUCACAGAUGAACUGAUUUACCAUGGCAACUAGAGCCGCGUACUUUUCCCCGUCGGAAGCACAAAUCCUCAUGGAGGCAUACGUAUUGCAGACCGCCUGAAUGCGUAAGUAGUGCACAAUUACACACUCACCGCUCCGCUGAAACAUCACAAUUACAAUUCAAAUAUUUAAUUCACAUCUCCAAAAAUGCAGUUGUACUGUAAUUAUGAAACGGUUAAAUUUUUAAUUGAAAUGCACUGCAGAUAUGAGUGAAAUUGUGUAAAGUAACUCCAUCACACUGUAUAAAGCUAUGAUAAUUUUUUGAUAUUUUUACUGAAAACAAGACAAAAAUACCAAGUAAUUUUUUGCAGUGUGACUCCAUUAAAUGUGUGUGUGUGUGUGUGUGUGUGUGUGUGUGUGUGUGUGUGUGUGUGUGUGUGUGUGUGUGUGUGUGUGUGUGUGUGUGUGUGUGUGUGUGUGUGUGUGUGUGUGUGUGUGUGUGUAGAUUAAACAUGAACGGGCCAAAACGGACAUGGCAGCAGGUCAAAAUCAAAUACAAGAACAUUCUGCAGAAUGCAGUGAAAAAGAAUACCCACAGACAAGGCACGGGUGGUGGGUCACCAAAGGCUGACCUUACCCCAGCAGAGGACAUGGCCUUGGAGCUAAAUAAAGGCAGGCCCGUCUUAGAGGGGAUCCCUGGGGGGAAAGAGACGAGCAUAGGUUCCUCCCAAGAUGCCACCCGCUUCAUUCAAGUGCCUGGCAGCACUGUGUUCCUGUUAGAGCCACCAGCACAAGCACCAGACGAUGCUGAUCCAGGUGAAGGCCCCAGUGCAGCAGCAACAGCACAUGAUGGAGACGAUGAUGAGGAGGAGACCAUCUCUCUGGAUUCCAGAAGGCAUGAGGACCCAGAUGCUAUACAGUGGGAAAACCAGCCUGGCAACAUAAGCUCACAAGCUAUCAGAAAGUUGUAUGGCAACCACCUCCGGCGCCAAAUAGAACUGGCAGACAUAGACAUUCAGUACAAGAAGAAAAAGAUGGAAAAUCUUGCACUGGAGUCCGAAAUAAAAAAGAGGACAAUUAGGAAACUGGACCUUGAAAUAAAAAAACUUGAGAGGGAGCUCCAAGAAGAUGACACAGCUCAAAAUAAAAAUUAGCAAUCAGUACAACCAAGUCAUCGUUAUAAGGCAUCGCCCUCUUUUGCCCACCCCCAGCACCAGGUGUGGCCACUAGCCUAUAUGAAGGCCCAAAAUUGUGUGUUCCUUUCUGCUCUGACAAUGGCAUGCCCAUUCGUGCGAGAUGUGGUGGAUGAAGAAGCACUUGUGCUGAGGAGAGCCUUCAGGCGAGAAAGGGUCUUCAGGGACCGGUUGGACCCACUGGCCUUCCCUGAUGACCAUCUAUAUGAAAGAUACAGGUUUUCUGCAGAUGGCAUCAGGUAUCUAUGCAGACUACUGGGUCCCAGGAUUAAGCACCGCACUGCACGGAGCCAUGCACUGAGUGUGGAGCAAAUGGUUUGUGUGGCCUUGCGCUUUUUGCUAGUGGAGCCUUCCUGUACUCAGUGGGGGAUGCAGAACAGCUGAACAAGGCCACAAUUUGCCGCACAAUAAGGAGUGUGUGUCUGGCUAUCAAAGCAUUAGCAGAUGUCUUCAUCUCCUUCCCUGGCCACAGAAGACUCUGUGACAUCAAAGA